AUGUCCGCCGCAUCGGCCUCGUCCUCGCGCUCCGCCACACGGCGCCUGAUCAAGGAGCUCGACACCUGGCGCGCCGAGUCGCGGGAUGAGAAGGGCAUCGAGCGCCUCGGCCCCGUGAGCGAGGACGACCUGCUGUUGUGGGAGGCCGUGUUCAACGGCCACGGCAUCAGCGGGGGCUACGAAGAAGGCCGCUGGCUCCUCUCCAUCCAGAUCCCGACCAACUACCCGCUGUCGCCGCCGCAGGUGCGCUUCGUCACGCCGAUCGUGCACCCCAACAUCUCGCUUGAGACGGGCGAGAUCUGCCUGGACCUGCUCAAGGACGCGUGGACGCCCGCGUACAGCGUGCUCGAGACGGUGCGCGCCAUCCGCGACGGCCUGCUGCCCUACCCCGAGGUCGACUCCCCGCUCAACGUCGACUGCGCCGCCCUGCUCAGGGGCGGCGACGCCGUCGGCACGCGGCGGCUGGUGGAGCUGUGGUGCUCCGGGGAGGGUAGGUACGAGGGGGCCUGA